AUGAGCCCGGCUGGUGACGCCCAUCCAAAGCGGCUCCCGCGACCGACCGGCCCCCUGUUGCGGCUGGCCACGGCUGUACUGGCCGUGGGGGGCACGCUCCUAAUGUGGGGCGUGGCAAUGUCAGCCGGGGCCACUGGCCCAGCGCUGUAUAUGCAUAUAGUCCCCCAGACCUUGGGGACCCAGAACAACAUGGUCGGCUUCUUCACCCCGGCCUCCGAUGUGUCCAUGACCACGCUGAUAUAUCCGCCUCAGUGGAUGGAAGUCCGCCGGCAGUGGCACCCUUCGGCCGAGCUGACCGAGCAUCGGUGGGGCCCGUACUUCGACCGCCACCUGAAGUUGUCGAUUUCGCGCCCGCGUCCGCCGCUGGUCGGCGAGCCGAAAAUCCUGGCGCUCCCGCUGGCCGGGUCGGAGAAUCCGGUCCUGGUGGAGUACACCCCCGAGGAGGUGGCCUUCUUUGACCAGCCCGACGCCUGGGCCCUGUUCCGCGCGCCGGUUGUGGUGCUUUCCGCGCUGGCAAGCUCCCCCUCGGCGGUGGAUCUGCUGGCGCUGGCCGGGCCGGCCACCGGGCCCCGGCAGCCGAUCAUCAUCCAGUUGUCCAUCAACGUCAUGCUGGAGACGGAGCUGGAUGUGCCGGCCAUCGUGGGGCCCAGCCUGGCCGCCCCGGCCGGCCAGCCGCGCAGCUUCUACCUCUAUGGCGAUGGCAUUCUGCACGAAGUGGCCGCCGAUCCGUCGGGGGUCCGGGAAGUUGGCGUGCUCCCCCUGCCGGAUGUGACUGCCCUGCGGUCGACACGCCUGCUCCCGGCCCCGGGCGGGGCCGCCUGCGACACGGACCUGCUUCUGGCCUUCUCGGAUGGCCGGGUCCAGGCACGUCUGUGCCACUCGCUCUCGGCCCAGCCCGGUGAGUCUGCCCUCCUGGAGGCCCUCCUGCCUGCCGGGGCCGGGCCCGAUGGGCACUUCCUCAACCCCUCGGUCGAGAGCAUGGCCGAGCCGAUGGGCUUCGUCUACUUCUUGUCCAGCAGCCCACCCAGGCCGGUCCUCUGGCGGGCGGUCAUUUCGCCGGCCGGCUUCGGGCCCUGGCGCGAUGUGCGCAUCUCAAGCUACUUCGAAAUGCACUCCUUGCAGAUGUUGCGCAUGCGCCUGGCCGCCGGCCGACAGGAGUGGGUCGUAGCCAGCAAGGAUGGGGCCAUCUUCCUGGACUCCGACGACUUCGGGUGUACCACCGACGACACGAUCCGCUGUACCGAGCCGCCCGCCAGCUCGGCCGUGUGGAGCUGCAACCUCGGCCGCACUCAGUCCCCCUUCCUGGACUUCGGGCGCAUGUGCUCGGGCUGCCCGGAUGGGUCGUACCUCGACCGGGACUCCGAUACCUGCAAGUUCUGCCCGCAGGCCAACUGCCUGACAUGCUCGGCUGCCCAGUGCCAUGUGUGUGCCUCGGGGUUCUUCCCGCAAGCCAGCGGCCCGAACGGGCGCAUCGUGUGCGUGGACACAUGCGCGGCCGGGUUCACCCUGCUGGCUGGCGUGUGCCAGCCGUCUGCCCGAGCGGUGGCCAGCUCGGAGCUGGCGUCCAUGGGCGUGGCCAGCUUCGCCGAGCCGAUCUCGGGGAUGGUGAGCGCCGCCACGGCCAGCCACCUUCUGCCGGAUGCCCAGGGGAACCCGUACAUCCCGGCCGGGUCGAUGGCCAACCCGGACGGCCCGGCCCCCGGGGUCAUCCUCUUCGACACGGACGGCCAGGCUUGGCUCAUGCCGCGGGGGGAUGUCGCCCAGCCGGGCGCCGCGCCGGUGGUCCUCAGCAGGCUGAGCGACCUGUCCGGCGGGCCGCUGCUCGCGAGCGUGGUCGAAGUUGGCCCCAUCCUGCUGGAAGACUCCAUCCUGCUGGGCUAUGUCUUCUGCACCAAGCCCGCUGGGCUCCUCUUCGGGUACAUGAAGUGCCCGAGGCCGGUGGCCCCGAUGCCGGGGGAUGUGCCCUGCUCGGUGGCCACGCUGGAGUUGCACCCGCAGCCGGGGACCGCCUUCACGCAUGCCCGGUCCGUGGGCCGGGAGCAUGUGCUGGCCACGCAGGCGGACGCAUACAACCUGCUGCUGGUCCUGGCCGGGGGCACAUUCAGGCCCGUCGGCCCCAGCUACCUGGGGCACUUGGUGCCGCUGCUGACCAUCCCCCGGCCGGCCGGGGCCGGGUCCGGCAACUUGGCCGAGUGGUUCAUCCGGUCGGAAUUCACCAUGGGCGUGGUGGCGGCCCCGCUGGCCGCCGUCAUGGCCAACCACCACUAUGUGGCCAUGGGCGGCGGGGUGCACAUUGCCGGGGCCACCGGCAUCAAGUGGAUGCCGAUGUUCCUGCCGGUGCGCGACCGGUCGCCCGGGCACCAGCUCGUCCUGACCACCAUCGAAAGUGGCACCUGGCGGGCCAUCUACGCACCUGGGGACAUCGGUCCGGCCGGCCGGCCGACCAAUCUUUCCUCGCUGUCGGCCACCCUGGGCACCGUGGGCGACCUGAAUCAGGAGGCAUGCCGCUUCGAGGCGGUGCCCAUGCCGGCCGGCCGGGCCGACACCCCGGCCGGGCUGCUCCUCCUGUGCGACGGCCUGCUUGGGCUGUCGCUGCUUCGGUGCCCGGCCUCCGGCCCGGGGGCCGGCGGCGCGUGUGCCCUUCUCCCGGCCUCGGUGAUCGCCCUCCCCCUGCAUGGGGGCGAUGUGCUGAAGGGGCUGGCCCGGGCCACGGUCAUUCCGCGGCCCGGGGCCGCCCCUGUGGCCGACCGGCACAUCCUGCUGGAGGCCCUGCUGUAUUUGCCGACGGUCGGGACGCUGGACCUGGUCCUGACGGGCCCGUGUGCGUGGGGCACCUUCGAGCCGGAGUGCCAGCCCUGCGACUCGCUGUGCGACGGAUGCACCGGCCCCGGGCCGCAGGACUGCGUGGCCUGCCUCUUUUGGCUGCCCGGCCACCCGGGCACCUGCCUGCCAUCCUGCCCGCCGAAGCUGCACCGGGCCCCGGAUGGCGAGUGCAUGUGCCACUCGACCUGCGUGGAUUGCGGCCCGGCGGCCGGCGGGGAUUACGUCUGCCUCGAAUGCCUCCCCGGGCUCGGGCCCGAUGCCCACGGCGCCGACCCGGACCAGUGCUUCCCCUGUGAUGGCUCCUGCGCCGAGUGCUUCCUGUCCGCCAACCCGGGCGCUUGCACCAAGUGCCAUCCAUCGGCGUGGCUCUUUGGGGGGGCUUGCGUGGGGGCCUGCCCGUCGGGCUUCUGGCCGGACAGCGCCUCCGGCAGCUGUCUCCCCUGUGCGGCCGGCUGCGCCGCGUGCACCGGCGCAUCCGCCUGCACGCGGUGCGCCGACCGGCACUUCCUCGCUGCCGGGGUCUGCCAUGUGUGCGACGGGUCGUGCGCUUCGUGCGACAAUGCCACCAGCUGCGCCGCCUGCCGGCCGGGGCUGGUCUUCCUGGCGACCGAUGCCGGGCAGGCCUCUCUGUGCGGGAGCACCUGUGCGGCGGGCGAGUUCGCCGGGCCCGGCCGGUGUGCCGUGUGCGACGCCUCCUGCGCCCUGUGUGCCGGCAGCGCCACCGGCUGCCAGGUGUGCGCGGCUGGGCACCGCUGGGUCUCGGGUCCGCCGGCGGCCGGGGGCACCGGGUCCUGCACGGCCUGCCCGCCGGGCUGCGCCUCGUGCACGGCCGACCGGUGCCUGGCCUGCGAGUCGGGGCUCUUCCUCGACUCACGCGGCGCCUGUGUGAGCGCCUGCCCGGCCGGCACCUACCCCACCGAUGAGUCGUGCCAGCCGUGCGACCUGAGCUGCGCCACCUGCCUCGGGGGCGGCGCCGACCAGUGCGCCAGCUGCGCCGACGGUCUGGACUUUGUGCCGGCCGGCGGGUCGGCCGGCGCAUGCGUGUCGGGCUGCCCGGAGGGCCAGUACCGGGACCGUGUCUCCGUGCGCCGGGACCCGGAGCACCGAGUGCCUGCCGGCCUGCCCGGGUGA